CGUAUAUUAUAUUUGAUGUGGUCUUCCCAUGUAGUUCAAGGCAAGCGACCGAGGGAGGCAUAGAAACCGCCACAGCAAUCUGAUACCUUGGCCAAGAAAGGCCCUGAGUACCGAUUUAAGGGAUGAGAAUCCGGAACUGCUUAAUAUAACACCCUACGUAAAUUACUAUAAUUCCCUUCACAUAUUUUUCGAGAUGGAGUGUGGUAUCGAAAGUCAUCGUCACUUAGCAACGGCAUACAUGUAUUUGGACGAAUGAAUUUUGUCGUAGAAAGCGUUCAGAUAACCUACCCAAUUUCUUAAAUCAUGUUCUAAAUAGGUGCGCGCAAAGUACCUAUUCACGGCUGAAAGGUGGUAGGGUGCAUUGCUCUUUUCAAUCAACCAGGAUUCCUCCUUUGCGUUUAGUGGCCAAGUUUCUGAGUUACCUCGGCAUCUACUCGAAUCCUUCAGCUUCAACACCUCAAUUGACAACAUGUCUGAGAAGACAGUAGUUGAAUCGCGUGUCGCCGUUGUACCGAACAAAGAUUUGGGCCUCGACAUAUAUGUCAAUGAGAAGCCAUUGUUCUCCCACCAAGGCUUGCGCUCUGCUUUUGGGGGCUCACUCCUUGGCCAAGUCAUAGCGGCAGCAUCUAACACAGUGCCCGACGGCUUCAUCGCUUACUCGUCUCAAACGACUUUUGUGCGUCCGGCUAAGUCCCAUGAACCGGCGGUAUACCAUAUUGAUCGCACCUAUGAUGGCCGUGCUUACGCCACGCGAGCAGUGCGCGUCACCCAAGGCAGCGAUGCGGCAUGCAUCUUGGUUUCUACAGUCUCAUUUCAAAAUAAUAACAUACCGCCCGGCAACACGCUAGACUAUUCUACCCCCAUAAUUGAAACGGACGUCCACCCAGAUGAUAUCCCAUUGCAGAGCGCGCGGCAAUUAACGACAACCCAUAUUGAUAAGUCGGUGCGAGUAGUCCGAGGCGGCGCAGCGGAUGACCCAUUUGACUGGAGACCCCUAGGCUUCCGAUCUGUUGAACAAGAGCCAUACAAGUUCGUUGUGCGCGGGUUCCUCCGCUCAUCUUCUCCCAUAUCGAUGGAUAGCCCUUCGGUACACCUUUCUGCCAUCGCCUAUUCAUCUGAUGAGCAUCUCUUGGCACCUGCAAUAUAUUCGAAUCCCGAAAAGGUCGGGCAGGGAAUAAAAAAUGUGACCAUGGUCGCCAGUCUGAUCCAUAACCUCUCGUUUCAUGACCCAAGCGCUAGGGCAGAUAAUUGGAUGGCUUGCGAGCGUAGUACGUCUUGGGCCGCGGAUGGGAGGGUUCUCGUCCAUCAGCGGAUGUGGAAUCUUAAGACUGGCCGACUUAUCAUGUCGGGUACGCAAGAGGCAUUGAUUCGACUUAAGGACCAGGAUAAGAGAGGGCCGACUAAGCUUUAGGAAUCGCGUAUUUGAGGAUACCCUUAGGGACCGAAACCGUCUGUUCAGUUAUUUUGUAACGGUCUAUGCCGUGGAGCCGAUU